AUGGAUAUUGAAUUGGCUGUUGAAACCUCUCUCAAGCCUCUCACCUUAGGUGAGAAAGCGCUUGGGAAAUCACUUCUUUCUUCGCAGCGAGUUCAUGGCAGCAGCGAUGAGAAGGGAACGGUUUGGCUGCGGGCCCCUAAGCUGGUGCUGGCCGAAGCACUCAAAACGGCUCGCGACCUGGGCUCCCAGAAGAAAAUCUCACUCAAAUUUGUCCAUAUCUUCUGUGACACUCUGAUCAUCCAGGAAGGGGAUAAAAUCAAUGGAGACAGUAUCAAUAGCCCUGGAUAUGUGACCGACGGUACAUUCACGAUCCAGAUCUAUGCUCGCAAGCUCAUUGCUCCUGUGGCUGGUGACAAACCAAGUCUCCGAGUAGACAUGACCUCUACAUGUGUUCUGGUUUUGUGGGUUCCUGAUGCCCCAAGCAGCUUUGAGCUGGACAUUUCUGUCAAAUCACAGCCUGGAGCGACCCGAAUGAAGGUCAAGAUUGACCCUCUCAAGUUUGGAGUCUCUUACGUAUGUUCCCCAACUGGUGAGAUGAGUGUAACUCAAAGAGACCCACCAAAAACUGCGCUGGCCUACGUCAACUACCUCGAGCUUAUCAACGACGACGGCACGCUGCAAGAUCAAGGUUACGCGACUGAUGAACUGCCACGACUGCUGCAGAUGCAAAUUCUCGUCGCCCAAGUACAUGCAGAGACCGAUCGCCAGUUUGCCAUUGACUUGCUCAACUACGUCAUUAUUGCUUCAGGGUCUGCUGUCAGCUAUCAACUGCACUACCAGGCAGUGGGACUUCGUAACAACUUAGCAUUGGGUCGUGAUAUCGGCCAGGCAUCGUCUGUCAACGUUUAUGCCUCCAAGCAGGUGCUCAAAGCACGUCUUACAGCUGCUUUAGCUUUUGAGAAUGCCUACCGCGACUACCUAAGUGAUAGCGGCACUAAAAAGCAGCAGGUUUCUGCUGGACUGGAUCUCCUAGCCAAAAGCAAUGAUGCUUUGGAGACUUACAAGUUUAUCAUCGGUAUUCGACAAAGAGAGUACGAAAUGGCACUUCAUUCCAAUGAUGUUGCUAAAGCCAAUUUCGAAAAGAACAACAACGAUCUUGCAUCAAAGAUCAAGGCUUUUGAAGCCGGUGUAGAGAAGUAUAAGAAGGAUCAGCAAAAAGAAGCCACCAAGUCAAUCCUCAAGGGCGUCUUUUCUGUUGUUCUCGCUGUUGGCGCUACAAUUGCCACCGCUGGUGCGGCUGCCCCAUCUAUCGUUGCUGCUGGCGCAGGUGUCGUAUCCAGCGUUGAAAAGGCAGCAACACUGAUUCAAAAGCUGAAGGCGGUCUAUGAGAAGCUUAAGGCUAUCUUCGACAAGAUCAAGCCAGUUAUUGAGAAGCUUGGGGAAAUUGUCGAAACCUCCAAGAAGAUGAUUGAAAUGAUCAACAAACUAAAGCAGGAUGGCAGCAACGUUGAUUCGGCAAAGACUCUGCGACCAGGCAAGGACUCUGCUGAGGUCUCAGAUGUAGGUAUUGCGGAGUGGGAACGGUUUAACAUCACCGUUCUCGAUAUGCAGGAUUUCCUUCGUGAGUAUGAAAUUGAAGGGAAGAGGGAAUACUUCAUGUCACUCAAGACAUUGGUUAUUUCUGGUGAGUGUUACAUCAAGACACAGGCCAAUCUUGUUCAAAAGGGCGAUGAUCUUGCCAUUUUGUCUUUCCAAACCAACAUGGAAGACAAGAACCAGCAACGAUUGGCAGCAAUGAACUACAAGUCCGUGACCGAUGAGAAGAUCCUCGAUCUUCUCAAGAGAGCUAUGUUCGAUCGAAUUCUCGCCUUGCGUACAUUUGUGUACCAGGAUUUCCAAACUUACAGCACAGCAUACAACUAUCAUUCGCUUUCCAAAGGAUCACUUCUUCGGUUAUCACCCGUCAAACCAGUCGUCGAUUACCUCGAAGAUGCUGCUGUCAUCCAGGGAGCUGUGGUUGCCUACGGCUCGCGUGUUCUCGUUCAGUCACGAACAUUCCGCUUCGCAGGCUUGUGCGGCUAUGCUACGAAAGAGGACCUAGCGGCGGCCUUCACUCAGAACGGCUCGGUUGAGUACAUGAUUGACCCACAAGAUGCUCAAUGGAGGGGUUUCAGUCGUAUUCGCAUGUCUUCAGCUAGGUGUUACUUGGAUGGGGUCUCACUCCCUACUGGUCAAGCGCUGAAGAUACAGCUCAAGACUAGUGGUCGUUUCUUUGAUAGAGAUUGCUUGCAGGAAAAGUCUAGUAACCUCCUGGUGCCUGUCCGCUCUUUUGUAGGCGAUGCGAGGACCCUGCUUUUCGAAUACAAUCCAACAUCGAAGAACAUCAUCACUGACGGCCUCUGGGGCCAGGAGCGCGAUUACACGAAGCACACACCAAUGACCUCCUGGAACAUUUCUAUUAUCGGUUAUCCCGGUAUCAAUAAUGAUGCUUCUGCUGUGCAAGUAGACUUCUCUGAUUUUAGCGGCAUAACUUUGGAGUUCACUUGCGAUGUUGUAUGGACGGGUUAUUGA